AUGGAAAAUGCAGGGGUGUUCACUGUCAAGGGAAAGUCUGAGCACAAUGUGUUCAUACCAAGUGAUUCAUACACAUGCUCAAUCAAAGCCAUCUGUGUCCUCCCAGAUGGAAAGGUCCUGGUUGCUGACAGCAAUAAUCAGAAAGUCAAGCUUCUGAACCAGCAGUACCAGGUGGUGAGUCACUGUGGUGUGACUGCUGGGCCAUGGGACAUGUGUGUUAUCACACCCAGUGUGGUUGCAGUGUCUGUGGAUCAUGGGAUCCAGUUUAUCACAGUAAACAAAACCCAGCUGGUGCCAGCGAGGAAGGUUCAGUUAGAACAUGAUUGUAAAGGUAUCGCCCACCACCAAAUGGACCUGUUCAUCACUUCAAGUAAAGCACUGUACAAAUACUCACUGAGUGGAGAUCUGGUGAAUCUGGUCUGCACACUGUAUGAGGAUGUGUCAGGGCCUUAUACAGUAGACAAGUGUGCUGUGAGUCCCACAGGGUACAGGCUGUACAUCACCAGCUUCUUGCAGCACAAGCUUCUCACCCUGGCCAGGGAUGGCACACUCCUGGCUACAUACACAGACCCAGCACUACGUGGCCCAACUGGUCUACAUGUGACCCCUGCAGGCCAGGUGCUGGUCUGUGGAGAAUGGUCCAACACUGUACUACAGGUGGGCUGGGAGGGAAAGAGUAAGCUGGCUACGCUGGCUACUCAGAAGGAUGGAAUGAGGUGGCCAGAGUCAGUCUGCUACAGCAGCACCACAUCAUCCAUCAUUGUGGGACAGAAUGGGGACAACAUCCUGGUGUUCAGAGUGGAAUAGUGUGUACAUUUGCUGCUGAGUCGGGACAACGAUGCUGAGGAUGUGGGGGACAAGCAUGACGCAGAAGGAGAGCACCAGCAUUGAUAUCGAGAUGGCCAAGCAACAGCACAAGUCCGGCAUGCAGGAGCCCCAAUACAGAACCAUCCUUUCCCUCCCCUGAUCCCUAGCUCCUCCCACUCGACCUCUGGCCACAAAGGGUCAGCAUCGUUACACAAGUCUGUUCUGCAAUAAAUCCUCAGCACGUCAAGUUUUAACGCGCUGUUAUGAACAACCACAAUGUCCGCGUCGAGAUUUUCCCAAGCAAGCCCGAGUAGUUUUGUUUAGCUCUAGUGCCCGAGUGGGAUGAGUGUUACAGAAGCGAGACGUUAUAGCAGUACAUAUGGUAACGCAAACAGUUAACGCUAACAGUUAGUUCUCGCUGUGGACAUCAUGAAGAAACUCACAAAGAAUUAAACGUUGAAUAAUUUGUUUCAUUCUUUAUAAGACACAGGAUUCGCACAGGGCUUGAAAAGUGCUUGAAAACGAGUCCUAGGCUUAAAAAGCCCUUGAACAAAGGUUGGCCUUAAAACAGUGCUUGAAAAGUGCUUAGUUCAUGUAAAAAAGCCUUGAAAAUGUUUAUUUCUGCUCAAAAUUACUUUUAUCAUGGCUUUAAUUAUAAACUUAAAUCGUUCUUAUGGGAAAUAUUACGAAAAUGUAUCAUAGAUUCCUUCGCGCAAAAAGUUGAGUACGAAAUAUAAGUUUCGUACAAUAUUGAGUACGAAAUGUUAUGUGUACACGUCACAGAUUAUGUGUGCUACGUCAGAGGUUCUCCAUUGUGAUCAAUUUUUGCGAGUUAAAACGCAGCAAUGGGGAAGUGUCGUUUCAAACCAGGGUGGUUAACUGAAUUUUCCUGGGUACAGAUAACAAAUGACAUUCGAAAAGCACAUUGUUGGGUCUGUAUGAAGACCAUUGAUGUCGGGGGUAUGGAGGAAAGCGCUUUGAAAAGCCACAAGAAAGUGAAAACCCGCAAAGAAAACAUGAAAUUGAGAAGCAAACAGGGUUCCUGCGAUGUGUUUUUUGUUAAACAGGAAGGUACUAUUGUUAAAACUGUUAAAUCUAAAACAGACUUAAAAAACAACAGUCCAUCUGUGUCGAACCAGGAAGGCACAGCCACAUGCAGAGAGUUUGCAGAUAGAAGAUUCAAAUUUCAGGACCUUCACAACUUUGAGCUGUAGUAUCAAACUCGCAGACAUCCAUAGACAAAUUCGUUUAAAAAAAUGAUAUGUUGAACGCGAAAGUAUUGUGGGUAUUUAUACCGUUUGCACACAACCAUCCUUUAAUUACAAUAAAAACAUUACAAAGUUAUUUCAGGUUGUGAAGUCCUUGAAAAGUGCUUGAAUUUAGGUUUGAGAUUUCUGUUUGAACCAUGAGACAGCUAUAUAUUCAGCAAGGAACGAGAGCAAAUCAAGGAACAAUCGAAACGAUUCAUUCAGAAGUGUAUCUGCUGUAGAUAGUUCGGACAGUAGUAGCGUUACGGACUGUCCUCAGCGCACAAUAUAUUCAUGUGGUGCGCCUCAGACGCGAAUUCCGCCCAUUAUUAAAAACAAGUUGCUAAAAGUAAACACGUCCGGUUUUGUUACGAGCACUUUGCACUCCGAGC